AAGUGCAUGCGCGCAACACUACGCCGCAAAACAAUGAAAACUCAUUGGCAAUUUUCGAAAAUUUCAAAUUAACAACACUCUGAUUUGCCAACGCGGCGGCGCGGGAAAAAGGCGCGGAUUCCGUGUUCCAAAUUCGAAAAUGUGACAUUGACAAUUCGCGCCACCGAAUUUAAAAGUGACAGCGCGCUGGAACGUGGAAAUGGAGAUUUGAAAUUCACAAAACGCCAUUAUUCCGUGAAAUUGGAAAAAUCUUACGCAAUGAGAUAAUAAAAAAUGUGUGCGUAAUUUUAAGAUAAGGAUUUUGGCGCGAUCCUUGGACGCGGUGUUUGUUAAAAGUUACGGACUUUAAAUAAAGUUUGUGUGACAGUUUCGAAGGUUGAAAGAAAAAGACGCUCGGGCGGCAAACUGGAAUUCAUGUUGAAGUACUUCAACGAGAACAUAUCCCUCGCGCUCCAGGAGAGAUACAGGGACCUCCAUGAGUACCGGAAGGAGGUAGAGGACUCACCGAGGGAGGCGAAAGUACCAAAAAUUGCCGAGGAAGGCGAGAGUGUCGGCGGCGAGGGCGCCUUCGAAGCCGGCGCCGCGCCGCCGUUCCCGCGGCUCCUGGAGCAGCCCAAGGAGGAGGACAGCUUCGUGGCCAGUUGGCUGCAGAACUCGUUCAAGAUGACGGCGGCGGAGGGCGGCGAGGCGGCGGCGGGCGGCAGCGCGCUGGACCUGCGGGCUGCUCCGCUGUCGCUGCACAUCCCGGCCGUGCAGCCGGAACAGCGCUUCAAGCUGCAAGACUUCUGGAGCCGCAGCCGGCCGCCCUCGCCGGCGCACCAGGAGCCCGACGAGCAACCCGGCCCGGCACCCACGCCGCAGCCGCCCACCCCGGACCACAAGAUCAUGGCUGAGAAGCUCGUCGGUGAAAUACAGCAGUCACCAUCAGCGGACUCCACGAUGAGCGAGAGAUCACUCGUACCAUUUGCGCUGGUAAAUUUACUGUCUUCACUCAAUAAUGUCGAUCAACCCCAGCAGUCACCGACAGGGGAAGUCCCGAUAGGCGAUCGCAACUCAAUGUUGCCAUUCGCACUGGUAAAUUACCUGAAUAGCCUGAAUAUCGAUCAGCAGGCGAGGUCCGGGCAGAGCAUCAGCGAGAGGACCCUCGAGGAGUGCUGGUCCACGCUGCAACGAAUAUUCAUGCACAAGAACGCCAUGCAGAUGCAUGCCAGGGAGCUGCAGCGGGGCCUGGGGGGCGAGGUGAAGCCGCACCAAUGCCAGCAGUGCCUGAAGUCCUUCAGCUCGAACCACCAGCUCGUCCAGCACAUCAGGGUACACACCGGCGAGAAACCUUACAAAUGCUCGUACUGUGAUAGAAGAUUCAAACAGCUGAGCCAUGUACAGCAGCACACACGAUUACAUACAGGCGAAAGACCAUACAAAUGUCACCUACCAGACUGCGGGCGAGCUUUCAUACAGUUAUCAAAUCUCCAGCAACAUUUAAGAAACCAUGAUGCCCAGGUCGAAAGGGCCAAGAACAGACCCUUCCAUUGCAAUAUUUGUGGCAAGGGCUUCGCUACUGAGAGUAGUUUGAGAACUCAUACAGCUAAGGAGCUUCAGCUGCACCUUGGUGUUUUGCAGCAACACGCAGCGCUCAUGAUCGGAGGCGCCACCGCCACCCCUUGUCCCAUUUGCCACAAAGUCGUGUUCGGGGGCGAAGCCCUCGUCGAACACAUGAAGAACACACACAAGGACCCCAACGCGUCCGGUGUUGCGAGCCCCCCUGCCACAUCACCGUACCCAGCGCAAGCUAAACCUGUCGACCCUUACGUAGCCAAGCGGCGGACGGCCAACCACCCGUGCCCGGUGUGCGGCAAGCACUACGUCAACGAAGGCUCGCUGCGCAAGCACCUCGCCUGCCACCCGGAGACGCAGCUCACCAGCGGCCUGCGCAUGUGGCCCUGCUCCGUCUGUCAGGCCGUCUUCACACACGAGAGUGGUCUCCUCUCUCACAUGGAGCAUAUGCGCAUGGAGCCGAAGCACCAGUUCGCGGCGCAGUACGUGCUGUCGCGCGCGGCGGCCGAGCGGCGCGAGCGCGACAUCCUCGCCGCCGUGUCGUCCGCCGGCGGCUCCGGCCUGCUCAACCUGGCGCCGCCCUCCCCCGCGCCCUCCGACUCCUCCUCCAACGGCCGCCUGUCCUCCUCCGCCGGCUCCGACGCGGGCGGCGGCAAGCUGGCCGACCUGCUGCGCAACAACGGCCACUACGGCGACGAGCGCGUGGCCGCCAUCGCCGCCGCCGCCGCCAACAUGAUGGCGCAGCCCGGCGACGCGCCCAGCGCCGUGCAGGUGGCCGCCGCCAACCUCGUCACGGCCAUGCGCCAGCAGCUGGCCCGCGAGCCGCCCGCCGAGCCGGCCGCCGCGCCCGCGCCCGACGCGCUGCGCGUGCAGCAGGCCGAGGCGUUGCUGCGCAGCCAGGCCGAGGCGCUGCGCCUGGCCGUCACGCAGGCCGCCGCCGGCCACGACGCGCCCAGCCCGCUGCGACACAACGGCGGCUUCCCGCCCGCUGACGUACCCGGCCAGCUGUCGCCCGAGCUGGUGGAGGCCUUCCGGCUCGCGCAGGAACAGCGGCUCGAGCAGGCGCUGCGGCUGCACGACCCGCGCAUGCUCGGCUUCAACCUGCCGUCGCCGGUGCAGCAGGCGGCACAGCAGGCGGCACAACAAGCGGCCCAACAAGCUGUAGCCGCGCAGGCACAGGCGCAAGCGGCCCAAGCCGCUCAGGCCGCACAAGCGGCGCAGGCGGCUCAAGCGGCCCAGCAAGUGGUCCAGCAGCAGCACAUGCAGGCCGCACAAGCCGCACAAGCCGCCCAACAAGCCGCACAAGCAGCGCAAGCCGCACAGGCCGCACAGGCCGCCCAGCAAGCCGCCCAGCAAGCUGUUCACCUGCAGCAGAACCCGCAACCGUGAAACUAUGACUAUUACUAAUUCGAUGCGAUUUCCAUUUCGCGAACUCAUACUCGAUAAGGAAAAUGUUUAAAAUUUUCGUAUAUUUUUGAAAUGGAUUUAUUUCGGCAGGAGCGCGAAAUCGCCUCCGGUUAGUGAUUGUUUUCUAUGUCUAAAUUGUUGUUUUUCGAUGCAAAAUUGAUGAAACUAUAUUAGUCGACUAAAAUUAUACAGUGAUUAAAGAUAAUGCUAAAUUUUAGAUAGACUAACUGGUGUAAAUAGAGAACGUUUAGGUGAAAAAUUAUGUACAUAUGGAAGUAAAUGUACCUUUAUAUAAAUAAAUGAACAAAAUGGAACAAAAACUCGCCCGAACAAGUAAUUAGAUGUAGAGACGGACAGAAUUCAGUGCAAUCGAAAUUAUAUUUAUUUGGUUGACGUUAAGCGUUAUCGGAUAUAUUUAUUUUUAAUUUUAUAGCUGUAUUGCAAGAUUGCUUAGCUGAGUACAAAGUUUUCGAUGUGCCAAAAUGAGCACGCUUUAUCGCGACGUUACGGCGAUCCCGCAAUAUUGAGUUGCAAUAUUUUCCAAUUAAAUCUAUUUACAUUAUUAUUAUUUCUAAUUUUAUUUCAUUUCGCGCAAUAACACAUCUUAUGCUAGUCAAGAUUUACGCACAAAUCUGUUUAUCGAAUUCAAAAUUAUUAUUCAUUUAUCUUAUUUAUACUUGGCUAAAGUUAAUUUUAUUUUUACGCCAUAUUAGAUUAAUGUUGUAAAUAUAUAGGCCUGUUGCACAAUGUUGAUGCUUUUGUUUAUAAUCUAAAAGAACUUUAUUUUAUUAUAUGAAUUAUUAUUUUAAAAGAAUUAUCUUAUAUUUACGUUUUAAUUUGUAGGUUUGUAAAUAAAUAUGAACGAGUUAUGUUUCACAAGACUGCCGUAUUGUCAUUUAUUUCAGAGUGUUUAAAUAGCGAUUUUACACUGAAUGUCUACUGGACGGACAUACAAACGGAUAAUAACAUUAUAAAAGCACAGUCGAAGAACGAAUCUUCGAAAGAGUCUUGAUUAGAGACACGAGACAUUCUUUUACACGAACACAGACUAAGCCCAUACAUUUAAAUGUUUUAUUUUCAUUUCAUAUAUUUACAUUCUAAAUAAACAAUAGCCCAUUCGAUCGAGAGAUCGCAAAGCGUUUGCUUUAACAACCACAGAGCAGCUGAACAGUUGCAACAAUAGAUUUAUAGUUUACAAUUGAACUGCAAGAUCAUUCCCAUUUCUGUAAACGGGAGUGAACUUGCAGUUUCCGAUGAGAAUGUCAAGUGUUGCCGAAUAUUCUUUUAAUAUUAUCAUCAUGUAUUAUAAUUAAGGUUCGGUGUUCGGUCGUCCGCGAGACGACACGCAUCGUAGUAUUCUCUAAUAAUAUAUCGUAAUAGGUAAGGCAUAAGUAAGCUGAUUUAAUGUACGAUUAUUUCAUUCUUCAAUUGUAAUUGGUAUUUCGUAGGUUUCGAGAACCCGAGGUAUCAAUGUAAUAAUAAAAAACUCAAUGCAAUAGCCCAAAAUCGUUAAUUGUUUACGUGGUGAAGUUUGGUUGUUGACGACGAUUUUUGUUCAACUUUCAUUUCGUGUUACGUAAUUGUUUUAGAAAUACAAAACUUUUCGGCAGAUUUAUCUUAUUAUUUGGGAUGAUAAUGGACGGUUAUACGCGCUGGAAUCCGACGAUGAAACUUCUGGGAAACGUGAGAUAUAUUCACUAAAAUUAAACGAACAAACAAACAAAAACAUAAUACACUGAAAACUUUUCGACUGAAUGAACCGACACCGCCUCUAGUGGACGGAUCGCUAUUUAUGUAAAAAAAUAAACAAAUUCCUCAAUAAAUUUUAAUAUAUAAAUAAAUUUAAUAUUACAACAAAAGAAGUUCCUAUGAAUAUUGUAUAAAUUGUAUUGUUUUAAAUUUAGAUCGUAGUAGAAGGAAAAAAUUUAUGGACGUUUGGUAUUUUUAAAGUUAUAAUUAACCAUCGUGUUAGGGAAACCGCUCGAUAGUGCGAGUUGUAUAAAACAUAAUAUGAAGCACGGAUCGUGAAUCCUAAAUUAGAUGUUUAGAAAGAAUUACGUUUCCAGUAAAGUGUUCAAAUAUCGCGUCCGAGCCGGCAGCCGCGCGCCAUUUUGUAAAAAAAUAAUCUAUUUUCGAAAUCGCAAAUUUAUAUGGAUUUUUUUAGACAGCAAAAAUACAAUAAAUAUAUUAUAGACCCGCUCGGGUGCCGGCUCUAGGAUAUUCUCUGUGAUCAUCGAAACGGAAUAGUUAUAUCAGAUUGUGUCUGACAGAGUUAUGUUUAAGUUUUUGACGAUUAAAUUUUUUAAUGUUGACAAAAAAAAAAGAAUUAAGAAAAAUGUGAAAUUUUUUCUACAUUUAUUUUACGAUGGAAAUUCCAUAGUUAAGCUGUACAUUAAUAAGCCUAAAUAAUACUGGCGACAAAAAAUCGCUUGCGGACGGAAUGGCGGGAAAUAUGGUUGUCUCUUUCUUACUCGUGUAUUUCCCGCUUUUCCGGAUUUAGUACCAAUAGUAAUGGUUUAUGUUGAUACUAUAAUAGGGGAAAUAGUAUUCCGUAUUUUUCAAUAAUGCGCUGUUGGUUUGUUUUUAUUGAGAAAUAGUCGUGGCAUAUAUUUAGUUUAAUUGGCUUUAUGCGUACAAUUAAUAUUUUCCAAGUUUUUGUUACUAGGGUAAUAAGUUGUUUCAUUACCUUUACUGCUCUUUACGAAUGAGACAAAAAAAAAUUACAAAAUCUAUCUACCUAGGUACUAUAUUUUUUUAAAUUUAUCACGAAAGCUUUAGAAAAAAUUUAUACACUUACCUAAAUCCACAUUCUUUUGAAUAUUUAAUAUUUCAUAUUUCAUAUUUAAUGAUGAAUAUUAUGACGUCUCAUUCAUGUAUAAAAGCAGUUGUUUUUGCCGUCUGUACUUGUCAGAUGACAAAAAUUUUAAAAAUAUAUAAUUUAUGAUAGACGUCUUACAAAGAGUAAAAAUAUAUCGCACUACAAACAUUUUUUCACUAAAAAAUAAUUUACAAAAUUCAUCUCUCAAAACCUAUUUGGCUUAGUGUAGUGUGCGCAAAAAGAUAAACUAUUUUUUUUACUUAGGUAUUUCAUAAUCUAUGACGUCUCUAUCAUAAAAUAUCGAAUUCGCGUCCAACUUGCGAUUACAUUACAUUUUUUAUUUUAAUGUUAUUUAACAUUGUUACGCGUGUUGCAUCUGCAACAACAACAGCAACAACGGUCAACAACAGGCCUGUUGCUGUAACAACAGACUGCAACACGAGUGCGCUGUUAUUUGUUAAGUUUUUAAAUAAUAAAUUGCUGUUGAUUUUAAUUAAUCAUCCUUAUUGACUGUUAUUGUUUUUAUUUUUAAACGCUUCGUAGUUUCUGUUAAAAUUAUCUGCUUAUUUUACGAUAUUUAGCCAAAUAUACACAUUUAUUCGUAAGUUUAGCGUAGUCAAGAUAACCAGGUUUUCAAUUCAUAACACAAGUAGACGUAAUUACAUGUAUUCUUAAUGUGUAAGUUAGUAAUAAAUGUAAUGUAAUUGUGGGCUCUUUUAUAAAAAUGCAUUAACACGUAGGUUUAUAAAGGGGUCCAAAAACAUGGAUUAAUUACGUGUUUUCCACAGUCGAGUACUUAAUCCGUGUUGUGUAGAGAACAACGAAAUAAAAAAUCAUAAAUACAAAAAAAAAAUGUACUUAAAUGUAAUAGUUAAUGGAAUAUAUUGGUGUUUUAACGGGUCAACCCUUCGAUGCCACGACUAUUUUAAGGUAAAAACAACGUUUUAUGUACAAAAAGCGUUUUGAUAUCAGAACAAUAAAACUGAGCUGUGAUUCUGUCAAUAUAAAUGUUGGUAAUAAAAAAUUAUAUCGUACCUUUUUGGCGAAAUUAUUUAAAUACGGAUAAAUUAAGGCCAGCAGCGCAUUUUUUUCACUACAACGUUUUACGCCUAGUCUCAAUAAUGUCACACGGGCAUUUCGUUGUUGUUGUCCCAACAACAAAAUUAACAACAAAAAUUUCGCAACAACAAAAUGAUUGCAACAUUGUUUUCUAAUCUCUCCCCAAUCGGUGUGUUCUAGUCUUUGUUUUUAUUUCUUACGAGAUAGUGUCGUGAACAAAAUUGUAGAUAAAUUGAACAAAAUUUGUAACACUUUCGGCGAAUGUAAAUUACGGUACCUAUAUGGAAACACUUGUAUAAAAUUCAAAAUUAAAUCUAUUGUAUUUCGGCUAUGUAUUUAGGCGUAGAGUAAAAUAUGUUUAGAUGGGAGACAAAAUUCCAUUUGGCGUUGUAAGUAAAUAAAUGAAAUUGUGUAUAAAUUUAGGAAGUGAUGUGUUAUGUACCUCGAUGUCUAGGUAUAAAAGAUACCUAUCUUGAAAGUUUUUUUCUAGUUGAAACCACGACUUUUUUCGUUUUAGUUUUUUAUUCUUGUAUAGAGUUAUUUAAUUAUUAUAGUUUGAUAAUAUUGUGUUAAUACGAUGCCAUGUUUAAAGUAUAGAUAAUUAUUUUAAGCCCGAAUGUGUUUAUUAUUAUAUUUUUUAUAGAAGUUAUUAUUUUUUUCUUACUCGACUCAUAGUCACUUAAUUGUAUUUAUAGUUACGUUUUAGUGUUAUUGGUUGCGUUAAUAUUUUUUAAUUUAGAUUUUGAACAAACAAUAUUAAUUAUUAACCCAUUAAUUAUAUUUUUUUAACAACGUGGAAUGCUUAAUGUGUCAUUAAACUGAGAAUAGUAACUAUUAUUGCCGAAGCGGUUAGCUAUAAUUAUUUUAAAAAAUAAAAAGAAUGAUUCAUA